AGGGCAUGCACGGCUUGUUGUAUGUCAAAAUAGCAUUCAAUGAAUUCUGGGGUCAAAUUCCAAGCAACAAAGCAUUUCAAGAUGCUCCGAUAGAAGCAUUGGAGGGGAACAAAGGAUUGUGUGGCAAGGUGAAAGGACUACAACCUUGCCAACCAUCCAAUCCGGCCAAACUCUUCCUGCAAAGGGGCCACAAGAUUGUGUUCAUAAUCACAUUCCCUAUUUUGGGAGUACUAGUAAUUUUUUUUGCACUGAUGGGAAUAUCAGGUUCUGUAAGAAAAAAGAGAAGCUCAUUAAACAAACAAGACGAGAACUUGUAUACGGCAUUAACCCUCGAUGGGAGAAAGAUGUACGAAGAAAUCAUAGCAGCCACUCAGAAUUUUGAUGCCAUGUAUUGCAUUGGGAGUGGUGGAUUUGGAAGCGUCUAUAAAGCAGAGUUGCCAUCGGGUAAUAUUGUAGCUGCAAAGAAAAUCCACACCUUAUCUGAUGGUGAUUAUGUGAUUAAUCGGAAAGAGUUUCUCAAUGAGAUAGAGGCAUUAACACAAAUACGGCACCGAAACAUUGUGAAGCUACAUGGUUUUUGUUCAAACGCGCGACGCUCGGUUUUGAUUUACGAGUACCUUGAGAAGGGCAGCGUGGCCAAAAUCCUAAGCAAAGAAGAAGAAGCUAAGGAAUUGAACUAUAGUAGAAGGGUGAAUAUUGUUAAAGAUGUGGCGCAUGCCUUGUCGUACAUGCACCAUGAUUGCUUACCGCCCAUUGUUCACAGAGACAUAUCAAGCAAGAAUAUUUUGCUGGAUUCUGAUUAUGUAGCGCAUGUUUCGGGCUUCGGCACUGCUAAGCUUCUGAAGCUAGACUCAUCCAAUUAUACUGGCUUUGCAGGAACAUUUGGAUAUGUAGCACCAGAGCUUGCUUACACAAUGAAGGUGACCGAGAAAUGUGACGUGUAUAGCUUUGGUGUGUUGGCACUUGAAGUAAUCAAAGGAAAUCAUCCUGGUGAUUUCAUGAUCUCUACUGCAUCGUCUCCCUCUGCUAACAUACAGCUGAAGGACAUAUUGGACCAACGCCUUUCAAUGCCCACAGUUGAAGUUGAGGACCAACUGAAAAAGAUUGUAACUUGCGCAACUGCUUGCUUACGUGCAAAUCCAGAAUCUAGGCCAACCAUGAGGAUGAUUUCUCAGAUGGUAUCAGCCAGCUCCACCGUGCAUAUACCUAGUACAGUAACACCUGGAGAACAUGAAAGGGUACUCUAAAUCAUGAUUCAUAACUCAUAAGGCUAGCUACCUGGAGAACUCGGAUCACAAA